AUGAAUCCGGACAUUGAGAUGCAAAAUGACAAGACACAAUCUGGCACCGUCGAUAAAAGUGAUGCUGCUCCUACCGGAAGCGACGAAAAGAGCGAGAACGAAAUGGAAUAUCCGCCACUACGCAUUGUGGCCAUUUUGAUGGUUGCCCUUUACCUUGCCAUGUUUCUUGUUGCGUUGGAUCGCAUCGUCGUUUCGACUGCCAUCCCAAAGAUCACAGACGAAUUCAAAUCCAUUGACCAUGUCGGCUGGUAUGGUAGCGCCUACGUUCUUGCUGGCUGCAUAACCCAACUACCGUUUGGACGGCUGUACCUGUUUUACAACAACAAACUCGUGUUUCUUGCUGCAAUCGUCAUCUUCGAAGUCGGCUCAGCACUGUGUGGAGCAGCUCCCAACUCGAUUGCAUUCAUCAUUGGCAGAGCACUCGCGGGUGUUGGGUCUUCGGGGGUAUUUUCUGGUGUCAUUGUCAUUAUGAUUCCCGUGACGCCGCUUGAGAAGCGUCCAAUGUAUCAGGGGCUGUUGGGUGCAAUUUUUGGCGUUUCCUCAGUAGUCGGACCAUUAGUUGGUGGUGCAUUUUACCACAUCUUAUUUGACAUGGCGAUGAAACUCAUUCGCAUGGAUCCAAUCGGGAAUCUUCUUUUCCUUCCUUCAAUCAUCUCUCGUCUUUUGGCACUUCAAUGGGGCGGUACUACAUAUGCAUGGAACAACGUGCGAAUUAUUGUACUCUUCGUUCUUUUCGGAGUUCUGCUGAUGUGCUGGGUGGUUACCCAAGUUCGAGGCAACGAAAAUGCAACAGUUCCACCUCGUGUUUUCCAACAGCGAACGAUUAUCUCUGGGUUCUGCUUUUCGGCCUGUAUUGGCGGGGUCAUCUUAUCCAUGAGCUACUACCUCUCCAUAUGGUUUCAGGCUAUUGACGGAGUUGAUGCACUGCAAAGCGGAAUCCGCAACCUGGCAUUCAUACUUGCUUUGGUUGUAAGCAGUAUUCUUGCCGGUAUAUUCGUUUCCAAGGUCGGUUACUACUCGCCUUGUGUGAUUAUUUGCUCCAUCUUGAUGUCUAUCGGAACGGGUCUCUUAACGACGCUCCAUGUCGAUAGCGACAGCUCCGAGUGGAUUGGAUACCAAGUUAUAGCGGGUUUGGGCAUGGGAUUCGGCAUGCAACAAUCCGGCCUGGCCGCGCAAGUCGUCUUGAAGGCCGAAGAUGUGCCCAUUGGCGCAUCACUCAUGUUCUUUGGCCAGCAGCUGGGCGGAUCCAUCUUUGUCUGUGUUGCCGAAAGAGUGUUUCUGCAGCAGCUGGAAAGCAAUCUGCAAAAGGUCAUUCCAGCCGACACAACAGCCAAAUUAGUGGGCAUUGGCGCUACGGAAUUGCGCAGCGUUGUGCCGCCAGGACUGCUGCCGCAGGUCCUUGGGGCAUAUAACAAGUCCAUUGGCCAUACGUUCUACGUCGGUAUGAGCGUUGCCUGCGUUAGUCUUAUACCCGCACUCUUGUUCGAAUGGAGGUCGGUGAAAGGACACGGGGGACCCCAUGAUAAUGAGAUUGCUGAGAAUGGCACGAAGGCUGUACUUGACAAGACCCGUCGUUGA